AUGGCUUUUGCCACCAUAAGCUUGGUUCUGAUGGCCAUCGGCGUUCAUGUUGACAGCGAAACCCUCACUGACUAUGAGCCUCACGUCACCCUCCGGGACCUGGAAGGGAGGAUCACUGCGAGCACUUUUGCCCUGGAGCAACCACGCUGCAACUUCACUGAUGUCGAAGAAGAUGACAGAAUCUGGCUGCUGGUUGCCCGCAGCAGUGCUGCUAAACAAAUUGACUUGCCUGAAGACCCUCAGGAUCUACCCUACCAGAAUUUCAGCAAGAAGUCCUAUUAUAUGACCUUGGACACUGCUGCAGUCAACUACCCUUCUGCAACAUCAAAAGAUGAGAUCACCGUUCUACGGGUCGGAACCGAAACCCCGUGUGUAAAUGAUGCCUUGAGACCAGACUGCAACGGCCCCCUCCCGGACUCUGGGCCCUACAGAGUCCAGUUUAUUGCAAUAAGAAAACCCAGUAACACCAAGAUUCCGUCUCGUUGGUCAGAGGACAUCACACUGAUUAAAGGGAGGAACUAUACCUUCAUUAAUACACGGCCCAGACGGCGGAGUGGGGAAAUGAUCGCCAUCGCUUUCAUCCUCUCGGUCCUCUCCGCUAUCCUGUUGGCCACCUUCAUUGCUGUCCUGAUCUGUAAAAAUUCCGACAUCGGCGGCAAUGCCGAAAUCUCAAGCAUACGGGAGGCAGCGACCGUAUCCCGCUAUACCUCCCACCAUGUUUACAAUCAACCUACAUCCAAGUCAUGA